UCCUGCCAAAUCUUCUCACUUUUAAUACUGUUCCCCAGUUUGAUGUUCAAGAUGGAAUUUUCAUUGCGCUGGAUUUGGCUUCCUGCACUUUCAUGUCUCCUCUGUAUGGGAGGGGAAGUGUAUUGUAUUUGCACAGAGGAGAAAGUACAAAUGGACGGAGGUAACUACACACUGACGAAGCAGCUGGAGACCAGCAGCCUGAUGAUCUACCGGUGUCCUGAGGACUACUACCCGUACCCCUCUAUGACCCGCGUGUGCCAGGCCAACGGCUUCUGGAGACCACAACCCAAAAUAUUUCUCCCUCAGAGAUGCAGGGUUGUUGAAUGUCCUGACCCCACCGUGCUGAAGUACGGCACAGUGGACCCCCCUCAGGAGAGGUACUUCGUGCACGACGAGACCACGUACGAGUGCUACUCCGGGUACGCCAUGCGAGGCUCGGCCAGACGGACGUGCCUCCCCAACGGGAAGUGGAACGGCUCCACUCCCAUCUGCAGCCGAGACUCAGGGGCCAAUUGUGCCGAUCCGGGAAUCCCCGCCGGCGCCUCAAGAGCCGGGAACAUAUUCGAAAUUGACGAUAAAGUGAAAUACAGCUGCAACAGCAACCUCAUCUUGAUCGGGUCGAAAGAAAGAGUGUGUCAGGAGAACGGCCAGUGGACCGGCAGAGAGCCAGCGUGCUACUACAAACACACCUACGACACUUCUCUGGAGGUUUCACAGGCGUUUGGCAGCGCAAUCAAAGGCAGUCUGACCGAGUUAGAGUCCACAGAUGACACGCAGGAGGGGAGAAAAAUCAAGAUGUCCAAAAACGGGAUCCUUGACAUCUACAUCGGGGUGGAUAUUUCAGAGAGCAUCGAACCGGAAGAGGUCAAGAAAGCAAUAAACACCACCAUAAAACUUCUUAAGAAGAUUUCAACCUUUACCGUGUCUCCGAACUAUGAAAUAGUCUUUUUCUCCUCCGAAGUGUAUGAAAUUGUCAGCAUUCUUGAUUUUUUUAAUGCUGAAAGAAAAAUUGAGCUGAAGACCAUCAUAGAGGAUUUGGAGAAGUUUGAAGUGAAUGACAGAAACACUGGAACAAAUCUGGAACAGGUCUUCAGGAGAUUCUUGGACAGAAUGUCCAUCAUAAAGCUACGAGUUGGAGAACAGUUUAAGGAACGUCAACACGUCGUGAUCCUUUUUACGGAUGGUCGUUUUAAUAUGGGCGGAUCUCCAGAACCUAAUUUGGAAAAAAUAAAGCAAAUGGUUUACAUGAACCACACUGGUCAAGGGACUGAAUCCAGAGACAAGUAUCUGGACGUUUAUGUUUUUGCCAUCGGCGCUGAGAUCUUUGACGACGACCUGCAGCGGCUCGCGGUGGGGACCGGUGGCACGCAUUACUUCAGAAUGAAGAAGAUCUCGCAUUUAGAAGACACCUUCGAUCAGAUAAUUGAUGAAGAAGAACUCAAGGGUCUCUGUGGUCUUCACGCGGUGUAUGACCAAUCAGAAGAUGCAAAUAGGAAAAACUUUCCGUGGUGGGCGUCCGUCGAUAUCCAGAGAGGAAGCUCGUCGAAAAAAUGCAUGGGCUCUCUGGUGACCCCUCAGUUCAUCCUGACUGCCGCCCACUGCUUCACGCGGGGAGAUCUCCCCGAGCACGUCACCGUGAAGAUUAAUAACAAAGUGAAAUUUGUUAAAGAUUUCACAAUACACCCACAAUAUAAUAAUAGCGCCAGAGUGGAUCAGGGUGUGAAGGAGUUCUACGACUACGACGUGGCUCUGAUCCAACUGAAGAAAGAUAUUCAAAUCUCCAACAUUUCACGACCUAUUUGCAUACCUUGCACUCAGGAGACCAGUGAUGCUCUGAAGCUGGCCGGCGUCUCCACCUGCCAGGACCAAGAGGAUCUUCUGUUCAAGAAUCAACUUGAAAGACUCAACUUCCUGAACAAGAAAGGAAGGACGAUAGUUCAAAAAGAGGUUCACGCCAAGCUGGGUGACAGUGUGAGUUGAGCUGUGUGUGUAUGUGUGUGUGUGUGUGUGAGUUCUUCAUUAUUCACACCUCUCUAUGCUCAAUAUUUAAUAUUUAAUUUCACUUCAACACACUGUUAUCCGUUUGCGCACUUUUAUUUGACACCAUCGUACAUGUAAUGUUUAAAUUCUUGCGCUGUGUUGAUUGUUGUUGUUUGUUUUGCCUGUGUUAUGGACACACCGGCCACCGAGUCAAAAUUCUUCGUGU